AUGUCCUCUGGAGGCGGAGGCUCCAGGCCGGUCAUCCUGAUCGACGCGGGCAUUCACGCAAGGGAGUGGAUCGCGCCAGCUGCCGCCCUCUACGUCAUCAACCAGCUGGUCGAGAACGCAGCCGAGAGCGCGCUCACAGACAGCGUCGACUGGCACAUCAUCCCCGUGCUCAACCCCGAUGGCUACGAACACAAAGUUUACCGGCUGGUGCCCACAGAGCAGCAGCUGAAAAUAAUGUCGCAGCUGAGGAACAACCCGUCCCUCGACUUCUGGUCGGGAGCGCUCCGUGCUGGCCACCCUGUGGACGUCAGGGUGCCACCCAGAAUGCACGGCAACAUCCAAGCCUUCCUCAACCGCCAAGGAGUGCUGCAUCACGUGAUUAUUAAUGACCUCCAACAGGUCUUGGAGAAGGAGCAAAAUCAGACGCUGGUGAAACCCAUAAACAGCAGGGACGAGACUCGCGUUUCAUUCACCAAGUACCAACGCUACGAUGAUAUUCGGAAGUACUUGUCGCAGUUGGAAUCAAGCUAUCCACGUACAGUGACUGUGCAGAGCAUCGGAAACACAUCCGAGGGACGCCCUAUAGAUAUCAUCCAGAUAUCCUCUGGAGGGGGCGGCACCAGGCCGGUCAUCCUGAUCGACGCGGGCAUCCACGCCAGGGAGUGGAUCGCGCCAGCUGCCGCCCUCUACGUCAUCAACCAGUUGGUCGAGAACGCAACGGCGAGUUCGCUUACAGACAGCGUCGACUGGCACAUCAUCCCUGUGCUCAACCCUGAUGGCUACGAGUACUCUCUCACAAAGGACCGCAUGUGGAGGAAGACAAAAUCAAGACAAUCCAGUUCGUGCUUGGGAGUGGAUGCCAACAGGAACUUUGGUUUCCACUGGAAUGAGAUCGGCGCCAGCAACUACCCCUGCUCUGAGCUCUAUGCUGGCCCUCAUGCCUUCUCAGAGCCUGAGACGCAAGCUUUCCGGGACUACGUCCUGAAGAACUCCAAACGCAUCAAGCUCUACCUAACGUUCCAUAGCUAUGGACCCCACAUACUCUAUCCGUGGGGAUACACUAGCAAAUUGCCUGACGACUGGAAAACCCUGGACGCCUUGGCAAGCAAAGCAAAUGAAGCCCAGAUGGCUGCUGGGGGUCCUAAGUACGGGGUCGGCAGCUCUACAAACGUCUUGUACGCUGCGGCCGGCGGCAGUGAUGACUGGAUCAAGAGUGUUGGCGGAGUAGCCCUCUCCUACACCAUCGAAUUUCCCGGUGGUGGUAGCAUGGGUUUCUUCCCUCCAGCAUCAGACAUCCUGAAAAUAGUGACGCAAUUCUUCGAAGCCGUGCGCGUCUAUGGGAAAUAUGUUGCUGAUAACUAUGGAUAA